AUGCAAUCAAUACAACCAAAACACUAUGCUGUACUUGGCGGAGGUAUAUCAGGUUUGGCAGCGGCAUGGUAUUUGAUGCGGGGCACACCUCCUAAAACGAAAAUCACGUUAUUAGAAGCGACAAAUAGACUCGGUGGGUGGAUACAGACCACAAGAGUUGGUGAAGAGCAAGUGUUGUUUGAACAAGGACCACGGACUCUUAGACCUUCGGGAUUGAGUGGAUUGGCUACUUUGGAUAUGAUCAUUCAACUAAAACUGACACAAUCAUUUCUUGGGAUCCCCUUUUCACACCCUGCCUCCAAAAAACGCUACAUAUACUACCCGAACCAACUCAACGAACUUCCUUCUUCGUUUUUCGGCACACUAACCUCCUUAUUUACACUUCCAGUACUAAAAGGUAUAAUACCUGGUCUGUUACGCGAACCAUUUGUACCCAAGAGAGAACUCCACAACAACGAUAAGGACUUUGAUGAUGAAAGCAUCCAUAGCUUCGUGUCACGAAGGAUUAAUUCCCAUAUAGCUGAUAACAUGAUCAGCGCUUUAGUACACGGCAUUUACGCUGGCGACGUGACAAAACUCUCGGUUCGAUCCACGUUUCCGCUGUUAUAUUAUUCUGAACGGAAAUAUGGCUCGUUGUUGAAAGCGAUGUUGAUUAAAAGUAGUAAAAAAAACAAUGAUAGCAUAAUACCAAUAUCACACCAGGAUCAAAUACUCCAAAGAACAUUGGUUGAGCAAAAUAAAGAGUUACUGGAAAGUGUUCAAAGGGUAAGUAUAUAUUCGUUUAGGGAUGGCGUUGAAGAGCUCGUGAAAGCGAUUGAGAAUGAGUUGGUCGCGUCGGAAAAAGUGGAGAUAAUUAGAGGGCAGGCUAUACAAACAAUUCAAGGAAAAAGAAUCAACGGGAUAGAUCAUAUAAUAAGCACAAUCCCUUCAUCUGAAUUAAAAAAAAUAGUUGACAACCACCACUCAAAAUCCCCAUCAUUACCACAUCUGGAUUAUAAUCCCGCGGUGACAGUAGCAGUAGUGAACCUAGCAUACAACAGACCAGAAAUACUUCCAGUCAUCGGAUUUGGAUACUUGAUCCCACGCACGACACCGAACAACCCAAAUCACGGGUUAGGUGUCGUGUUCGAUUCGUGCGCAAUGCCUGAACAAGAUCCCAAAGCAGCAGCGAUCACAAAACUAACAGUCAUGAUGGGUGGUCAUUAUUACAAUGAUAACAACAUUGACAUGGGAAAUAUUUCGGAUGAAGAAAUAUUAUCCCAAGCACAAGACCUCGUACAAAAUCACUUAAAUAUCACGGCGGCACCAAUUCAUGCGUUAGUUCGUCUUCAGAAAAAUUGUAUUCCGCAGUACUAUGUGGGACAUUAUGGUCGAAUGAAGCAACUACACGAAGCGAUUAAAUCAAAUGGGCGGUAUGCUGGAAAGUUGAGUGUUACUGGGGCGAGUUAUUGGGGUAUGAGUGUCAAUGAUUGUGUGUUGAAUGCGAGAAAAUUAGUUGAGAAUUUAUUAAAUAGUGAUUUUGAGGAUGAGAAGAUAGGAGUGACAAAGAAGAUUAUUACAGGGUUGGAAAGGGUGGAAGAAGAGGGAAUACAUGUAAAUUAA